GGGUUUCAAUCAAUUCCCCCUAAGCUUUAUUCCUACGCCGCCUUCCUCUCAUCGCCCGCUCGUCGUCUCUGCCAUAGCCACCAAACCGCUUCUUCGGCCACUGCCGUGAGCUGUCAACGGAGAAGAAGCCACCGCCGCCGUGAGCUGUCGCCGGAGAAGACGCUUCCUCUGUUGUGAGCUGUCGCGGGAGAAAACGCUGCCGUGAUAAUUCGCGUGACAAACCUGAGAAUCAAGGGAAAGAGAUAACGUGAAGAAUGUUUUUUCACAUAACACUUGAGCGGAACAUGCAACUUCACCCACGCCACUUUGGUCCCCACCUCCGCGACAAGCUUGUUGCCAAGCUCAUGAAGGACGUAGAGGGCACAUGCAGUGGACGCCAUGGAUUUGUGGUGGCCAUUACAGGAGUAGAGGAUAUAGGGAAGGGACUCAUCCGUGAAGGAACUGGCUUCGUGACCUUUCCUGUUAAGUAUCAGGCAGUUGUCUUUCGCCCCUUCAAGGGUGAGAUCCUCGAGGCCGUGGUCACCAUGGUCAAUAAGAUGGGCUUCUUUGCUGAAGCAGGUCCUGUGCAGAUCUUCGUAUCAAAUCAUUUGAUUCCUGACGAUAUGGAGUUCCAAUCUGGAGAUAUGCCAAACUACACAACUUCUGAUGGAUCGGUCAAAAUUCAGAAAGACAGUGAAGUGCGGCUAAAGAUCAUUGGUACUCGUGUGGAUGCCACAGAAAUUUUCUGCAUCGGCACUAUCAAAGAUGAUUUCUUGGGUGUCAUCAAUGAUCCUGGCGUCACUGCUUAGUGAAUCAAACACAAAAUAUUUAACAUCAAAGGAGUGGUGUUGAUGUUCUUCCUGAAAGCUGUGUGGCGCAAAUGUGAAUGACUUUAGCCAACUUUUCUUUGAAUUGUCACACUAAGUGUCUUUGAAUUGUUUGGCUAUCACUUUUAUUUAUAGUAGUUCUUAUGGUGCACUACUGUAAUUGAGUGGUUGUUAGUCGAAGAGGACAAUUAACUGUUAAAAUGUACACUAGAAAGUUGCUUAAUAUUAUGCUUUAAUGUUUAAGAUCUCA